GCAGAGGUGAACAUGCUGGGCACGCUGCGCCACCCCAACCUGGUGACGCUCAUAGGCUACUGCAUGGAGGGGGGCUCGCGCCUGCUUGUUUAUGAGCUCAUGGAGCGUGGCUCGCUCGACCACUACCUCUUCUCAGACGUGGGCAGCCCGCUGCCAUGGGGGCUGCGCAUGCGCAUAGCGCUGGGCGUGGCGCAGUGCCUGGUGUACCUGCAUGAGAACCCCCACCGCCCCAUCAUCUACCGUGAUCUUAAGGCCGCCAACGUGCUGCUGGAUAAGGAUUUCAACCCCAAGCUUGCAGACUUUGGGCUGGCAAAAGACGGGCCGGUGGGGGAUAAGACGCACGUGACCACGCAGGUGGUGGGCACGUAUGGCUAUGCCGACCCAGACUACCUCUUCACUGGCCAUCUGACUCCCAAGAGCGACGUGUACGGCUUCGGGGUGCUGCUUCUAGAGCUUCUAUCCGGCCGGCAAGCCAGCGAUUUCCCCACAGACGAGGAAGACGAGUCGAGGAAGCAAAGCAGGACCAGGGGCAACAGCGAGGUGAUGGAUGCUGAAGCUGGAGACGAGGACGACGAGGAGGAGGACGAGGGCGAUUUGUUGGAAUGGGCCGAGCCUAUGCUGGCGGAUCGGAAGCGGGUGGAGGAGGUGAUGGACCCGAGGCUCGGGAGGGAGUGGCCGGCUCGGGGCGUGCAGAAGGCGGCGCUGUUGGUGUUGCACUGCACGGCGAGAAACCCGUAUGAGCGCCCGAUGAUGAGCAGCGUGGUGAAGACGCUACGGGUGAUGCAGCAGGGGUAUACGUGGCCGCCCGCUGCUUCGGGGGGUGAUGCUGGUGGUGGUGGUGGUGCUUCUGGUGGGGGGACCACACCCCGAACUCCCAGAACGCCUACCUGA